UGUAAAAGAAAAAAAAACAUAUAUAAAGAAGAAAAAAACAUCAAUUCUAUCAUACCACUUGACAUUGUCUGUACAAUGAACAACAACAACAACAACACCCCAGCAUCUUGGAGCAACAACAACACCGAACAAACCGGUAUAUUCGUCCAAGCCCCUUGGACAGGGACCCCUUCCAGCAACAAUGACGAAGGCUGGGGACCAGCACCAACACACAUACCAACCUUGCAAGAAGGAGGUUGGCAAUACGAGCCAAUGGAUAUAGACGACGAAUGGGAAGAUCAACGAACAGCGUCCCCAAAGUCGACUUUUACUAGAACAUCAACAAAAGAUGACGCGGAAAUAGCAUUUGAAAAAAUCAACAGUUUCCUGAACGAGGACCUCGGAACGAUUACAACGCUAAUCAACGAAUACUCUCAAGCAACACCACUCCUGGAAAUGAGGGAACUGAUCAAUCAAAAACUUAUACAAUUGGCGGGACGUACCAACAGACUCGUAGCAAAAUGCCGAGUCCAUCCUCACCCGUAUCUCACGGACGACCAAGUGCGCGCUAUCAUCAUCAACAUCAUCUUGCGUAACACAUUCACGUGGAUUCCUACAAACUUAUACUGCAAGGACUGCUGCCUUACGAUGUUUGGUAGACAUGAUACCUCAACAUAAAAAACACACACACACAUAUAUACAUAUAUAUCAAUAUUAUAUCAACUAUCAUCAUCCUGUAAGCCAAGAAAGGCAACAAGAAACUGUAUACCAACGAAAACUCAAAAAAAAAAAAAAAAAAAAAA